AUGUCGAAGAGCGGAUUCGAUGUGGAGACUAAUCUGUCCAAGGUCAAUAUGGAUCGUGGGGGCAAAUCAAAGAGGGAACGAUCUAGAGAUGUUGUAGUCAUGAUGGAGAAGCGGCUUUCUAAGAUGGAGAUUGCCGUGGUUGAUGGUUUCGAAGCUGUGGUGGAUGAGUUUCAAGGCCAAUUCCAAGGAGCCCUCAACUCUGCGCUAGACAGCAUGCGGCUAGAUGUCCAAACCAAGCUGGAUCACUUCUUAGCGGAGCUUACGUCGCUUCGUGAGGAGGUGAAGGAUGUGAAUGGAGAUUGGGCUUUGUGCAAGGAAGCUGUCUUAAACAAGACCCGGACUCCGAAGGAACCCAAGGUGUUAGAUUCUUUCAAGCCCAAAUCCUAUAAUGGGAAGAGGGAGGCGAAGGAGCUAGACACUUUUUGUGGAAUAUCGAGAGGUAUUUCAAGUAUUUGA